CUCGCCAGAGACCAACCAGCCGCGGGGAGCCCAAGUAUAAAAGGCGAGGGAAGGGGGAUCGCUGCCGAGAGUCCACAAACGACGGACGUCGGAGCGGAGAGCCAGGCAUCCACGCAGUCCAGCAGAAAGGGAAUCCCGCGUCGCGGAGCGAGGAGUCCUCCCAUCCACCGGCUUCUUCCUACAGCCUAGUAGGACUUGUUGAGCGCAUCGCAAGAGCCGCGCGCGCGUCUACUUUGCUAAGGCUGAGCCGCUGCCGGGCUGCCGAGGACUGAACGUCAUGCUGAACAACAUGGAUUUGAGCUCCCUCGAGUACUUCCACCCCGAGCCGGACUGCGACCCCCCGCGGGGCACUGACAGCGCCGUAGGAGCAAAAGAAAGACGGCGUGCCUGCAUGACCAGCGAGAGGGGAUCUCCUGCUCCGCUCAGCCAAGAUGGUGCGGCGAGGAACCCUACAGCCGACACUUCCAGCUCGGAUUUCUUUCUUGACCCGAGCCGGGGCUCCAAGGAGAGCCCGUGCGCGUCCCUGGCUUACUCGGGCAGCUUCUACAUGGAGACCCCCCAGGGGGCAGCAUGCAGCACGGAGGCCCUGCUCAACAUGAUCACGGAGAUCGUCGGGGUCACCACCUUACCCGUGCCCGAGCUCCAGCAGAGUGCGCCCCAGCUCGCGCUCCCCACGCCCACGGCGCUCUGUGCGCAAGGCCAGGGUCUGGUCUCCACGUGCUCGGGAGGGGCCGCCGCGAAUCCAGCGGCGCCACACUCUUCGGCGCACAUCUGCCACGGCUUUCCAGACGCUCUGCUGCGCGUGCACGGCGCUCCUGUGGUCCAGUCCAACUUUGACGCUUCUGAACGUCCGGAGCAGAGCCCUCAGAUCCAGGCGGCGUUUCCUGUUGUGGUGAAAACUGAGCCCGAGGAAGACUCGUAUGGAUGGGACUCUUUCUGCAAGCCCAGCACCUACUCGCCGCCGGAUUUUGUGUCGGGACCGUCGCAGGCGGCAGCUGACAGCCUGCCGGACCAAGAAGAUGUGGAUGUGAAGGACUUUCUCCAGUCCUUGAGCUCCGACAUGGGCUGCAAGAUGGACGGUGCGAUCAAGCAGGAGCAGCGCUUCGCUCCCAGCUGCGCGCAAAGUUUCUCCGGCUCCCUCGUGCCCAGCAGCUUCCCAGCACAGGUCCCUGGGUCUCCAAGGAACCCGAGCGGCGGCGUCCUGACACCGGCCGCUUUCCCCGCCAUCGAUCUGCAGACCGUGAUCGAUCAGUGCGACUUCCGUUGCAGCCCGUCCUCUGGGAGCAGCAGCGCACACCCGCUCCUUUACUCGUCCUUGUUGACAGACGCCUCCGCGAGCGGCGCAGCGCGCGCCCCGAGGGCGCCGGCUCGCGCCAGCAAAGCCCAAGCCAAGGAGAAGCCGUUCGCGUGUCCGGCGGAGAACUGCGAGCGGCGCUUCUCGCGCUCGGACGAGCUCAACCGCCACGUCCGCAUCCACACGGGCCACAAACCGUUUCGCUGCCGCGUGUGCCUGCGCAGCUUCAGCCGCAGCGACCACCUGACCACACACACGCGGACGCACACGGGCGAGAAGCCGUUCUCGUGCGACGUGUGCGGCCGGCGCUUCGCGCGCAGCGACGAGCGCAAGAGGCACGGGCGCGUGCAUCUCAAGCAGAAGGAGAAGAUGGAGAUGAAGCGGCAGAUGCUCGCCGCGUGCGCCUUCGCGGCGCCGCAAGGAAUAUGAGCGUGCGCAACACGUACGGGAAAUACGGUACACGCGUGCUCUCAAACCUUCGCUCUUAACGAAGCGAAGUUGGCGGCGUGUACAGACAGAGUGAAUAUUACAGCGUUUGGGGUUCCGCAUCUGGUCGGCUUGGUCUGACAGAUCGGAGAAGAAGAAGAAAUGAUGCAAGAAGAGGGCGCAAAUGCCAGCACUGGAGUGAUUUUGCGUUGCACCGUACCUUGUCCACUCUUGUAUUUGUGCCACCGCGCUCUGAUGCUUAAACGUCCAGGAUGAACCUGCUUGUUCAUGUACUCGAGGGAAAUAUAUACUGUACAUAUGUUUUUCCCCCCCACCAGGGUGCGAUCAGGGUUCAGCACCACUCCAGUCGGACAGCUCCAGCCCCUAAUGGGAUUGUUAGGCCGCUGCACUUAAACAUGCCUGCUGAUGAUUCUGGAUGACAUGCUUCUCACCCCAGUCCCACUGAUAAAGCUGCAUGGCUAUUUUGCUCAUGUAAGAAAUUAAAGCAUAGUAACAAGUGCUGUUUUAAAGCCAGUGAUGUCACAGCUGGUUUGCACAGCAUGAAUGUGCCAUACCUUUCUAUUUGCAGUAUGAGGUCUUUUUGUGUCAAGGUCACCAAAUAAUCGCAAUUUAUAUUUGUAUUGUAUUUUAUUUGUAUAGAUACUUGACAUGUGAAAUUUAUUCGAUGGCGAAUAAACGUUUGUA